CCCAUCGCUCUCUCUCUCUCUCUGAUUGGAAGAAGAAGGCCGAGAAACCCUUCUCUCUCUCAAUCUCUCCCUCUCUUCCUCCAAUUCGGUUUCCCCAUGGCUUCUGUCAACCAAGACAACAUCCCAGGGGCCACCGGCACCGCUCCGGCCAAGAAAUCUCAGCCGCCGGCCAAAGCCGCCGACUCUCAAUCGGUUCUCAAGAGGCUUCAAUCGGAAUUAAUGGCGCUCAUGAUGGGUGGAGAUUCGGGGAUCUCUGCGUUUCCGGAAGAAGACAACAUAUUCUGCUGGAAAGGGACAAUCAACGGAAGCAAGGAUACGGUUUUCGAAGGGACUCAGUACAAAUUAACGCUGUCGUUCCCGAAUGACUAUCCCUUUAAGCCUCCCAAGGUCAAGUUUGAGACCUUCUGCUUUCACCCCAAUGUCGAUGUCCGCGGACAUAUUUGCUUGGACAUUCUUCAGGAUAAAUGGUCUUCGGCUUAUGAUGUGAGAACCAUCCUCUUAUCGAUCCAGAGUCUUCUCGGAGAACCAAACACAAGCUCACCUCUGAACCCCCAAGCAGCACAACUGUGGAGCAAUCAAGAAGAUUAUAGGAAGAUGGUGGAGAAGUUGUACAAGGCUCCAAAUGCUUAAUUGAGAUGCAAGGAAACUUCUUUACGUUUAUCUCAUUGUUGUUCCUUUCUCUUUACAAAUGAGAAAUUUCAAGGACCUUGUUAUUAAAAGGUGUAGACAUGAAUUCAUAGUUGGAUUUCUACCUCU